ACCUGAACUCACAAGCAUGUCAGAGGAGUUAAAAAUCAACAAAGCAUAUGCAGAAAAUUAUAACGUAUGGCGAAAGAAAGAAGAACUUCAGAAACUGAAAGAUAAAUAUGGAGAUGUAAGUGAUUUGGAUUCAGAAUCAAGUACAUCAGAGUCUGAGGAUGAAAAUGCUGAGGGUCUUACAGCUUUAGUAGAAAGAGAUUGGCUGAGAACUUAUGCUGCUUUGAAAAAGAGAGAUCCAAAAAUUUAUCAGAAAGAUGUCAAAUUUUAUCACAGUGAUGAUGAUACUGAUUCCAAUGAAGGGCCCUCCUCCUCCAAGGUGAAAGGAAAAAAACCAGUAUACUUAAAAGAUUAUGAAAGAAAAGUUAUUUUAGAGAAAGGAGGUAAACUGAUUGAUGAAAGUGACAGUGGUGAAGAAGAAGACUUUCCACAGAAACCAAGUUAUUAUGAAGAACAGGAUGAAAUUAAACAAAGUUUCAAGUCAGCUUUUGAGGAUUCAGGCAGUGAAUCAAGUGAUCCAGAAUUUCUUACCAAAAAAGUGAAAACUGAAAAAGAAAAGGAUGAGGAAGACACAGAUUUCAUGUCAUGGGUGAAAGAGGAAAAGAAGGGAAAAAAGGAAGACAAAAAGUUUGGAAUAGAAUUGGGUUCAUUAAAACAAUAUUGGAAUGACCCAAAUCUGGAGGAAGGAGAGAAAUUUUUGAGAGAUUUUAUAGUAAAGCAACAGUACCUUGAAAAAGAUGCAGACAGAAUACCAUCAUAUGAUGAGAUUAUAAAUGAUGGCGAUGGACUGACAGAUGAUGAAGAAAAUGUAGAAAAGCAGGAGGAAUUUGAAAGGAAAUACAACUUCAGAUAUGAGGAGCCUGACCAAGAUUUUAUCAAAUCCUUCCCACGAACAAUAGAUGAUUCUGUCAGGAGGAAAGAAAGUAAAAGAGCAGAAAGAAGAAAACAACUGAGAGACAGAAAGAAAAUGGAAAAAGAUAGAAGGAAAGAAGAAAUAAAACAGCUUAAGAAUAUGAAGAAACAGGAGAUAAUGGAUAAGAUUGAUAAGCUAAAGGAAAUAGCAGGGAACCAGUCACUUGGUUUGAAUACAGAGGAUCUAGAGGGUGAUUUUGAUCCUGACAAACACGAUCAAAUGAUGAAAAGUUGUUUUAAUGAUGAUUUUUAUGGAGGAGAAGAAGAGGAUAUAAAACCAGUGUUUGCUGAUGAAGACAAUGAAGAUUUAAUUCCUGAGAACUGGGACAACUGGACUGGACCAGAGCCAGAAGACAUAGAUGAAACAGAACCCCACAUGGAUGAUCCAAACUUUAUUAUGGAUGCUGAUUAUGACCCAACAAAAGUUGUUGAGAAAACUGGUAAAAAGAAGAAAAAGUCAAAGUUCAAGCAAGCACUUGCUAAAAAGAAACCAGUGUUUGAUCCAAAUAAGAAGACGUUUGAGGAGUACUAUAAUGAUUACUACAGUUUGGACUAUGAAGACAUCAUAGAUGACAAACCAUGUAGAUUUAAAUACAGAACAGUUCUUUCCAAUGAUUAUGGACUGUCAGUAGAUGAGGUUUUGACAGCAAGAGACAAAGAAUUAAAUGCAUGGGCCUCACUAAAGAAAAUGAGCCAAUAUAGGACAGAGGAAGAAGAAAUGGAUGAUUUAAAGAUAUAUUCUCAUAAGUCAAAGAAUACUGAAAAAAAGGCAAAAAUGUUACCAAGUCUUCAUGAAAAAAGUGACAAAGAAAAGAUUGCAGGAAGUCAGAAGAAUAAAAGAAAGAAAAAGAACAAGGGAAGUAAUGAAGAAAAAGGGGAUAGCAAUGUUGCUGAGGUGCGGUCAGAUUCUACAGUAAAUGUCAGUGAUGUAAUUAAGAGUGACAAAAAUGAAAUAUUGAACUUGAAUGCAACUGAGAACCUGUCAGGUGGGAAUAAGAGAAAGUUAAUGGACCAACAGAAUAAUGCUAAGAAGAAGAAAAAGAAACUACAUUUAAAGGAAGGACAGUCUGUCAUAGCGGAAGAUAUUAAUUUAUCAGACGAAAAAGUCACAGUAAAGGAAAAGAAAAUUAAAAAGAAACAAUUGUUGACUGGUUCAACAGACCACACAGAUGCAGGUGAGAGCAGUAAUACACCUCAAGAAGGGACCAGUAAAUCAUUGGAAAUCAGUCAGGAUGUAAAGAAUAGUGAAACUAAAACAAAAAAGAAGAAAAAGAAAAAGAAGAAGAAGAAGAAACUUCCUAUAUUAUCUGAUGAGAGACUUAAAGCAUAUGGAAUUAAUCCCAAGAAACUGAGAUAUAUGAAGACUGACAAUUUCAAACAGAAGGUUAAGGCCAAAGAGUAAAAUUGUAUCAUAAAGUUUUAUCAUAUUCAUUUGUUUUCAUGUGUAUAUUUUAUUAGUCAUUUAAGAAUUUUAAUGGUCCAUAGCAACACAAUUUAGUGGAGCUGGUACAUUAACUGGAAGAAGACUUAAAGUGAGCUAUUGUCAUCAUUAGGUAUCACAUGUCUUAUGCCUCUGUAAACAUCAUCUUUACUUUACUACAAACUUCAGAGCAUUUGGCACUUUUCCAAAUAUAGUCUACAACUGUUGAAAAUCAUUCUGUUGUGACCCUUUCAAAUUUUUAUCCAGCAACCCAAUGAGUCAUUGAUGAUGGCAGCAAAAGCUACUGUUUGACUGACACUGUCCUUGUAUUUCGGAAAACAUUUUUCCAGCCAGAUGAGUAAUAGAUUCAUUAUUCACUCUAAUCAACAGCUGCAGCAUUUACAUUUUUGGGUAAAGAUUGCAUGAAAUGCAAUCAAAACCCUAUGGUACUGACUUGAUAUCUAUAUCUUCCAAGGUUGAUAACUACCUUUGAUAGUUCAAACAAAAUAGUGCAGUGAAGUGAUCAUUAUUUUGUUCUUAGCCAAUCAAUGUCAUGCAAUUUAUUGAUGAUAUGUUAUACUUUGAUAUUUAAGUUACAAUAUGAUGUGUAUUUCAAGUACCGGUACCAUACUUUUUUUUAUUAAAAAUUACAUAAGUAA